AUGCCGAUCGAGGAGAAGGAGCGACCGCAGGCGACGGUGUCGGUGCCGUCCAAGGACCCCGAGCCGCCCAAGAAGGACCGCGCGGCAGACAACCUGCUCAAGGCGAAGCAGGAGCUCAAGCAGGACACUGAACUCAACGAGGAGGACCAGGCGCUGAAGGGAGAGCUUGAGAUGCUGGUGGAACGGCUGCGAGAAUCCGACACUUCGCUGCACCGUCCCGCCCUCGAGUCUCUCCGAACUCUGAUUCGCACGUCGACCUCUUCCAUGACCUCUGUCCCGAAGCCCCUCAAGUUCCUCCGCCCUCAUUACGCCGAACUCGCAAAGAUUCAGGCGUCCUGGCCCGAUCAGCCCGUCGCUUCGACUUCGCAGGCAAUCGCACAAACGGCGUCUGCGGCGGUUGAGACGGUUGCGGCGGCAGUGGGACUCGGUGGGAAGGACGCGGCGGUGAACGGAGACAAGAAGGACGAGUCGCAAGUGCAGGUGACGGACAAGGGAUUGUUUGCGGACAUCCUCUCGGUGCUCGCCAUGACCUACUCCGACACGGGAAAGCGCGAGACGCUGAUGUACAGGCUGAAGGGCGGUAGCGACGAAGACCCGGGUGUUUGGGGGCACGAGUAUGUGAGGCACUUGGCGGCCGAGAUUGGCGAGGAGUACGGUGCGCGGCAAGAAAAGGAGGAGCCGCCCGAAGACCUGCUCGCCCUCGGACUCCGCCUCGUUCCCUUCCUCCUCACCCACAACGCCGAAUCCGAUGCCGUCGACCUCCUCCUCGAGCUUGAAGCGAUCGAGCGUAUCGUCGACCAUGUCGAUAACAACACGUAUCAGCGCGUGUGCCUGUACAUGGUCUCGAUGGUCUACUACCUCACCCCGCCUGACGACGUCGACUUCCUCAAGACCGCUCGCGCGAUCUACAAGAAGCACAGCCGGUACACCGAGGCGCUCACUCUCGCCCUCCGCCUCCAGGACAUGGACAUGAUCAAGGAGGACUUUGAGGCGCCGACCAACCCGCAGAUGAAGCGCCAGCUCGCCUACAUCCUCGCGCGGCAGCAGAUCAACGUCGAGACGGACGACGAGACGCUCACCGAGAUCCUCAACAACACGAAGCUGUCGGACAACUUCAAGCGCUUCGGUCAGGAGUUGUCGGUCACCGAGCCGAAGAGCCUCGAGGACAUCUACAAGAGCCACCUCGAGAACUCGCGCAACCCGACGCAGGUCGACUCGGCGAAGCAGAACCUGGCGGGCACGUUCGUCAAUGCGUUCGUCAAUGCCGGCUUUGGGAACGACAAGCUCAUGGUCGAGGCGGAGGAGGGACAGAGCUGGAUCUACAAGAACAAGGACCACGGCAUGUUCAGCGCGGCAGCGUCGCUCGGCCUCAGUCUCUUGUGGGACACGGACGUCGGUCUCUCGCACAUCGACAAGUACGCUUAUGCCUCGGAGGACUAUAUCAAGGCUGGUGCCAUGCUUGCGAACGGCUUGAUUCACUCGGGCGUGCGGACGGAGAUGGACGCUGCGUUGGCGUUGUUGUCGGAGCACGUCGAGGCGACGAGCGUUCCUUUGCGAGUGGCUUCGAUCAUCGGCAUCGGUAUCGCCUACGCCGGCUCGAAGCGUGAAGACAUCCGCGACAUCCUCCUUCCCUCGCUGCAAGACUCAUCCGUCUCCAUCGAGAUCGCCUCGAUGGCCGCUCUCGCUCUCGGCUUCGUCUUCGUCGGCUCGUGCGACGAGGACGUGACGAUGGGCGUCGUGUCGGCCAUGAUGGAGCGGGAUGAGGCGCAGCUCAAGGAGAAGUGGGGCAGGUUCCUCGCGCUCGGCGUUGCGUUGCUGUACCUCGGCCGAACAGAGCAAUCGGAGGCUACCAUCGAGGUCCUCAAGACGAUCGAGGCGCCGCUUGGCAAGGUCGCCAUCACGCUCGUCCAGUCGGCUUCGUACGCUGCGACGGGCAACGUCGUCGAGAUCCAGAAGCUGUUGAAGGAAGCGACGGACCACCUUGACCCGGAGAAGGAGUCCGACUUGCACCAGUCGAUGGCGGUGAUCGGUGUCGCGCUCAUCGCGAUGGGAGAGGAUGUCGGCAGUCAGAUGAGCAUCCGGCACUUCAACCACCUCAUGCACUACGGCGAGCCGGUCGUCCGACGAGCAGUCCCCCUCGCUCUCGGCCUUAUCAGCGCGUCGAACCCCGCCAUGCACAUCCUCGAGACGCUCUCCCGAUACUCGCACGACAACGACCUCGACGUCGCCCUGAACGCCAUCUUCGCGAUGGGUCUUGUCGGAGCCGGCACGAACAACGCCAAACUCGCUCAGAUGCUGAGGCAGCUUGCGAGCUACUACUCGAAGGAGCCUGAUUGCUUCUUCAUGGUUCGCAUCGCGCAGGGCCUCGUCCACAUGGGCAAGGGCACGAUCGGCAUCAACCCCUUCCACACCGACCGCUCCCUCGUCUCACCCGUCGCCGUUUGUGGUCUGCUUGCCACCAUGCUCGCGUUCACCGACACGCGCGGCUUCAUCCUCGAAAAGUCGCACUGGAUGCUCUACUUCCUCACCAUGGCGAUGUACCCUCGCUUCCUCAUCACCCUCUCGGACGAGACGAACGAGCUCUUGCCUACGAGCGUUCGUGUUGGACAGGCAGUCGACGUCGUCGGUCAGGCUGGCAAGCCUCGCACGAUCUCGGGCUUCCAGACACACACGACGCCUGUGCGGUUGGGCCACACGGAGCGUGCCGAGAUGGCGACGGAGGAGUACCUGCCGUACUCGCACGUCCUCGAGGGCUACGUCCUGCUUGCCAAGAACAAGGGCUACGAGAAGGAUGCGGACGAGAUGGAGGUCGAGAAGAAGUAG